AUGUCAGUAUCGGUACCAGCACCAAAGGAUUUCAACGCGGAGACAGCGGGUAAUUUGGAUGAUCUCGAGAAGCAAUUCGCAGUAGCGGCAGUUGAGCACUCGGAUGUGUACUGGAACUUGAUAACCAAGAUCAAACCAUCUCUACUCAAGCUGACACCGAUUGAUGAUGAGAUUCUCGCAUCGUUCUACGAAUCCUUCCCAGAGCUGCAGGGGGACAAUAUCAUCAAAUUGAAUGAAGACGAUAUGAAGUCAGCCAAGGGCAAGGAAAGAUGGAGAAACUGGAUUAUGCAAUUCGAGAAGAAGGUCGACUUCUACAACUUUGGUUGUCUUUUACGCGCAGAUGCUAGAGGAGAGUAUUCGGAACAUAACACAAUGUUCGUAACCAGGAUGCAUUUCUACGCUGUCGAGAUUGCUCGCAAUAGACUCGGUAUCAAUGACAAAAUUUGGGAGAAGGCGCAGGGCAAAUAA